AAAAUGACGAAUAGAAAAUACAAAACUGAUCAGAAAAUCACCUAAGAAAUUUGGAACAUAAUCGGAAACACAGGAAGAGUUGAAGAAAGAUAAUGUUUUUGCUGUUGCUUCUGGCUUUUUUUCCUGUUCUAUCUAGUGUUUCAAGUCUGAGGGUUAUGCCGGACGACAAGAAAGUCAAGUAUGUAGAAGUGGGCGAUGAUCUUUCUUUAGCUUGCGACUACACACUCGAAGGAGAUACAUUAUACAGUAUUAAGUGGUACAGAGAUAACGAUGAGUUUUUUCGGUAUCAACAGGACAAAAAUUCAACCAGUAUUUACCCCUUGGACGGGCUCAACGUAGACGACUACUCAUCGAAAACUCACAUUUUAGUAAAGAAUGUUAGUCUAGCGACCUCUGGUAACUUUAAGUGUGAAAUUUCCGGUGGAGGACCAAGAUUUCCUACAGCUGUGCUUAACUCUAAAGUUGUUGUGGUUGAUCUGCCGAAGACCCGGCCAACCAUAUCUGGAGUUCAGGCUAGGUACUACCUGGGUGAUGAAGUGAUUGCUACCUGUUGGUCUGGAUACUCAUACCCAUCACCACAAUUCAAGUGGUGGAUAAACGACAGUGCAGCAGAUCCUGCUGUAGUCCGUGUGCUGGCAGAUGGGUCAGCUGCUCAGCUCAGAUUUAAGAUAAAAGAGAACCAUUUGUUUGGAGAUUCUCUUCGUUUGAAGUGUACUGUAGAAAUCCUCAACAUUUAUUGGAUGAGCAGUGAAGAAGAGGCGAAAAUCCUCCAAUCACCGGGCUUCUCACUACCUGCUUUCUCAAAACCAAUGUUCUCAUCAGACUCUCGCAACCUCUCAUCCAAGGUUUCGUCAAUACUCAUAUCUCUACGAUUAGUCUCCAUUUUGUUAAAUCUGUAAUGUAUACAGAUCAUUUUACUAAUCAUGUAUACAAUCCAGUUUUUUUUCAUAGUAUAAUGUAUAUGUACAGCUUAUGUACCUUCAUAUUAAUCUGUACAAGUUGUGUACAGUCAAUAGUUUAACAGUUAGAAUGGCUUUAUCGCUAGAAUAAAGGGAAGAAAUAAA